AUGCGCACUUUUCAAGACCGCCUUCUCAAUCACAUGCCCGUAGAAGACAAAACGGCUCCAGAUACAAAGAAAGCUUUGGAAGACACUGUUCGUUCUCCACAUUACAGACAAGCUGCCAACACUUUUGGACAUGCCUUAUCCACUGGACAAAUGGCUCCUGUCCUUGAACGGUUUGGCAUCAGCGAAGGAGCAGCGCAAGCGGCUGCUUCUGGAAAUUUGCUGGAGUUUGCUAGAAAGUUGACUGAAGCAGAACGCGGUCUUGAAGGUGCUCAAUCAACUAAAGAACCGGCAGCAAGCGCCAGUGAAGAAACAGCUGUUGAAGUGCAGGAUGAAGACACCGAGGAACCCGUCAAGGAGCCAGAACCGAAGCGUGGAAAGACUGACGACGAUGAAAUGGACCUGGACUGA